AUCCGUUUGCCUUGACAUCCAGCUUGUUACUUGAGUGAAGUCACUGGGAACUGAAUUGAAGACUUUAACAGACGCUGCUUGCUGCAUCUUUGGGCGUCUUCGGUGCGAGCAAAGUUAAAAUGCGCCAAUUAUAUUGUUAUUGUUUUUAAGCGACCGUAUCACAGGUGUUUUUUUUUUAUCGCGUUUGGCUUGUUUGGUUAACGUCCCACACCACGGUUGGCUGCUUGCUUCUUGGCAGGAAGGCUAGCAUCGGUUCCUGUUCGCUAAAAAAACAUGGUGGCCCGUGGUCACGAAGAAAACAAGGCAUAUUAAAGGAUAUAGAGUGCGAUUUUUUGAAAACAGUAUUUACUCCAAGGACACUUAACUGCCACAGUUGGAAGUGGCGGGGGGUCCUCGUGCGACGUGAAGCUGCGGAUACCAUUUUUGUGCAGUCGUUUUUGUCCAAAGUUGCCACCAGGACGACUUCAAGUUUCCCCAACAGAAGAUGGCGCUUGCAUCUUUUUAAAAAAAAGCACAAAAUAAACAAGGACAAAUGGGCUCGAGUACUGCCUAAUGGAACCGUUUUACCCCUGGCGUCACAUCUAACAUCUAGCUGCUCCGUUUUUUUUGUUAAUCUGGAUUAUUAUUAUUAUGGAUGCGCAAGAUCGGGAAUAUUGGGAAUAACUGCCGUUGAUGCCCAGCGUGAUGACGGCGACAACGAUGAUGACAGACAAAAGCGAUGGCUUCCCUUCGUUGAGAUUUUGAGUAGCGAGGAGUUAAUUACAUGGAGACUCGCCUGACAUGCCGAGGAAGGAGUUGCCACUACCUGAAGGUUGGGAGGAAGCCAGAGACUUUGAUGGCAAAGUCUACUACAUUGACCACAUCAACCAGAGCACCAGCUGGAUCGACCCAAGAGACAGGCACACAAAGCCUCUGACGUUCGCCGACUGUAUCGGAGAUGAGCUGCCAGUCGGCUGGGAGGAGGCGUUUGACCCUGUGGUCGGAGCGUAUUACGUCGACCACAACACCAAGAGCACCCAGCUGGAGGAUCCACGGGCCCAAUGGCAGCGGGAGCAAGAGUCCAUGCUGCGGGAGUACCUGGCCGUGGCCCGCGACGCCCUCAGCGCCCAGAAGGAGAUCUACCAGGUGAAGGAGCAAAGGCUUCGUCUCGCGCAGCAGGAGUACCGGCAGCUCAACGACACUUGGCAGGAAAAGUCGACAUCGCAAACCAGCCUGAAUUCCAGGGCGUCGUCCUCCAGCAAGUACGACCCAGAUAUCCUUAAAGCGGAAAUAGCUACAGCCAAAAGUCGGGUUAACAAGCUGAAGCGGGACUUGGCCUGUAUGAAGCAGGAACUGCAGUACAAAGAACAAGGCUUUGAAACGCUGAAAGAGAUUGACCAGAAGGUGUCCAACAGCCCGUAUGGCUACAAGCUGCAGGAGGCACAAGCCAUCCUCAAUGAGGUGCGCUCCAUCCGGGACGCCAUCAGCGCCGGCGAGAAGGAAAAGCAAGAACUCAUGCAGAAACUGGCCGUUCUGAAGGAUGGCUUCCAGCUGGACUCUGGCUCGCAGCAGGAACUGUGGGGCAGCAGUCCCUCGCUGGCCAACUCUGAGAUCUCCAUACCCCGCCUCUACUCUGACGCCGGCUCCCAGACCGACAUCCCCGCUGAGUACAUGAACAACUCCAAUAAACUGGCAGAGAAAGUUCGACUCAGUCUAAAGUACGAGGAGGCGAAGCAUCGGAUCGCCACCAUCGAGGUGCAGAUCGCAAAAUUGGACAGCGAGGCAUGGCCUGGGCUGCUGGACCCGGAGCGCGACCGUCUCAUUCUCAUCAACGAGAAAGAGGAGCUGCUGAAGGAGCUGCAAUACGUAAGCCCACGCCAGCGCCUGGGGCCCAAUGAUGUCCAGAAGCUGGAAACGGAGAAGAAGCGCCUGGAGAGAGACCUGCAGGUCGCCAGGGACAGCCAGAGCAAGGCUCUGACUGAAAGGCUGCGUCUUCACUGCAGGAGGAACAAGCUGGUGAGAGAAUUGGAGGAGUUGGUUCGACUGGCCACCUCCUUACACACCCAACUCAAAAGCCUGUCCGCCAGCACCUUGUCAUGUUCGUCCGGCAGCAGUCGAGGUUCCCUGACGUCAAGCCGCGGCUCGCUAGCCACCACCUCCAGCCUGGGCUCCUCCUCCUCGCUCAGCUUCACCGACAUCUAUCUGGAUCAGCCGGAGCUGGCCGACCCGGACUUCCAAAACAAGCUGGACAGCCUCCUGCAGGAGGGUGGCCAGGGAGGCUACCGCCCCUCGAGCUCCAUCACCACCAUACACGAGCACGAGGUGGUGACAGGUGGAGGCAUCGGCACAGGGAGGGACGCUGAAAGGGCCGAGGGCCAAACACUGGGGGUGGGUGUAGACACCGAGAAGGGUUCAGGGGGAAGAGAGGUGGGAUCAUCCAGGAUCCAAGCACUCAGACUGUCAGAAACCCCUCACUCCAUGAGCUCCUUGUCGCCGCGGUCGUCGCUUUCGUCACUCUCACCGCCGUGCUCGCCAAUGGUCACAGACGCUACAUUUCUGUCAGGGGAGGCCUUCACCAGUGAGGCAGGAUCUGGUGGGUUGAGCCUGGACUUGGAGCUCAAAAACAGGCUAGCAGAGCUGGAUCUCCGUCUGGACUCCCAAAAGCUGCAACAGCAGGAGGAGCACAGCGCCCCGGGUGGGCUGGAGGAGAGGCAGAAAUGCAACGGCAUUCUGGGUGAAGAGGUCAAAGCUCCCCAGUUGCAAGGAACAGGGGUGGGACCAAAGAAGAUGGGCGUCAUCUCAGCUGUGUCUGAUGAGUCUGUUGCAGGUGACAGCGGCGUGUACGAACCCUCUGAGCGCAGGCCAGGCCUCCCUGCUGACAUCCUGCUCGGCUCUGAUGAGGAGAGGCUGGCGCUGGGCUGUGCUCAGGUUCAGCUCGGCUUGCGCUAUGAGUCAAGAGACCAGCGCUUCACCGUCUUCAUCAUGGAGCUGUCCAACUUCAGCGCCCUCUGCCUGCCGCCUGACCAUAAAAUGCACAUUCGCAUGGCGGUCCUUCCGUGCGUGGAGACAAACCGCUGCCUGUUCCGAACUCGCGGCUACAUGCCUCAGGAUGUUGUGGAGGUCAAUGAGGUGUUCGGCAUGCAGAUAUCUCUCAUUGCACUGCGCCAGAAGACCCUGAGGAUCGAUGUAUGCAACACCGGCAAGUCAGGCCAUGAAGAUUGUCUGGCGGGAGCGCAGAUCAGCCUGGCGGACAUUAGUUGUUCAGAGGAGAGACGAACCCAGUGGUACAACCUGCUGAGUCAUGCUUUCACGCCCGAGGUCAGCAGCAAGGAGAAAGAUAGCGGAGCAGCUGGUGGCUUGGACACAGUUGACGCUACCAACCGUGACAGAGAUCCUGACAAUGAAGAGUGGCAUGGUGACCCCCUGGAAGCAGAGGUGUUUGACAAUGAAGAAGAUGACGAUGAAGAAAAGCUUCUAGAAGAAGGAGAGUUGUUCUAUGCUGAUGGGAGCCAAUGGGAGGCAGAGGAGAUGGUGGAGGAGGAGGAGGAGGAGGAUGUGGGCAGAGAGACAGCAAUGCCUCCUCCGGCCGCUAUUACAGAAAAAGUAAACAAAGAGACGAGUAUGGGCCGCAUCUUGUCGUCCAAUCACCACUCAGUGGUUCGGCCCAAGGAGCGGCGCACGGACCUCUCCCAGCAGCACCCCUUCAUGAGGGGCAACACCAUCAUCCGCUCCAAGACCUUCUCCCCAGGACCUCAGAGCCAGUACAUCUGCAGGAUCAAUCGCAGUGACAGCGACAGCUCCACGCUGUCUAAGAAGUCGCCGUUUGUGCGAAACGCCUCCGAGCGACGCAGCAUGCGUAUGAAGAAGCCUCCCAUGCAGGUCAAAGGUCUGGACGGCCUCCUUCGCACCUCCCUGGACCUGGAGUUAGACUUGCAAGUGUCCCGGACCCGACAAGCCCGCCUCGCUCAGGAGCUGCAGGUUCUGAGGGAGCUUAAAACGCAGCUGGAGACGGCGAGGCAGCAGGGCCAACGCGAGCUGCCCGGAUGGGUCCGGGAGGACGAGCGCUUCCGCCUCCUCCUCAAGCACGCCGAGAAACAGACUCAGGAGGAGCAGCUGCAGGAGAAGAGGGUGGAGAAGAUGAUGAGGGCGGCCGCAAAGGACGUCCAUAAAAUAAGAGGCCAGAGCCGCAAGGAAGUGCCCGAGGUCCAGACCUUCAGGGAGAAGAUGGCCUUCUUCACGCGAGCAAAGACGACCAUCCCCAACCUACCGGCUGACGACGUCUAGACAGUCAACAUUUCAAAUGAAAGAGUCUUAAAAUGCGCCUCCUCACUUAAUGAAGUCAACCUUUUAGCGGUAAUAUGAAGAAUGUUUUUUUUUUUUUUUUAAAUAUACUCUAGAUGAAAAAAAAACAAAAGUGACCACUCUGCAUUUGUGGAUAGCUUUUUUUUUUUUUUUUAAUAAUAUUAGUGACGGCACUGCUACAGUUUUAUUUUCUUGUACUAACAGACAUUUAAAAUCAUUCCAGCACAAAGAUACAUCAAAUAAUGCUAGCACAAACAACGGUACUGAAGCAACAAAAGCUACUUAAGAUGAUCAUUAAUAGAAGAAAUUAUUUUUUUUUUUCCUUCUUUGUUUCCUGCUGCAAGCAACACUCCGCAUAUUGAGGCAUCUUGUUCAAAUCUACUCUUAUUAGGGGGUGUCCCGAUGCAACAUUUGCUCUCCCCAUGAUCGAUAUCGCAGCCUUGACUCCCGGCUGAUACUGAUAUCGAUCCACUAUCAGCAUCAGUGAUAUUACUCGGGAUUAGAAAAACUGACCCGUUCACUUCUGACGUUUUGCACUCAGCUGCAACGGCUUUUCCGGACUGCUUGUUAUUGGAGUGCCAGUAUGGGAGAUUUUAAAUAAUCCCAUGGUGUUAUUUUUGGUUGGUAUCUGAUAACAAUAUCGAAUCGGGAUACCCCUGUUCAUGAUGACGCAUUGCAUUCUUAUUAUGGAUUCCAAUUCAGCUUCUGUUACCACUAGUGACCACAGGCGGCACUAGAGUCAUUCAUUCAUUCAUUUUCUACCGCUUUUUCCUCACGAGGGUCGAGGGUCCAAUCACAGGGCACAUAUAGACAAACAACCAUUCACACUCACAUUCAUACCUAUGGACAAUUUGGAGUCGCCAAUUAACCUAGCAUGUUUUUGGAAUGUGGGAGGAAACCGGAGUACCUGGAGAAAACCCACGCAUGCACGGGGAGAACAUGCAAACUCCACACAGAGAUGACAGAGGGUGGAAUUGAACCCUGGUCUCCUAGCUGUGAGGUCUGCGACCUGCACUAGAGUCACAGCUUAGUAAUAUUCAGUUUGCAUGUUCAUCACAAAUAUCAGAAAAUGGGUUUUAAUGUAAAAAAAAACAAAAUACAACAUAUCAGGUUGAUUGUAUUCUAUCGACAGCACAGAUGGUUCUAAUCACGAUUAACUGGACGCAAUUACGUUUUUAUUUCCCUCAUCUUUUGCUCUUGUGACUGUCACGCUCACCCACACUCAGGUAGGAAAGUAGUUCAUUAGUCUGCACUUUAAUAGAAACCAAUAAAUCCACACGCUGCAUCACGUCACAUGGGAAUUAUCAAAGCAAAGACAACAACAAAAAUCGGAUUCUUUUGUGACUGUGAACGUCUUGAUUGUAUCCUUUUUAAAACCAGCAACCAGCAGCAUCUCGCACCUCGUUCUGAUUGGCCAAUCAUUUGUCCACGCCUCCUUUUUAAGCGUCUUUUUGCUCAACUCUUUCUAAACUGUCUCCUCACGGUGGACAAUUUGAUAGAAUGAGGUUCUGCUGGUGUUUGAUGUGAUGUGAAAAAAACAAAAACAAACAUCCAUUCCAUUCACGGCAUUCCAGACUUUUCCACGUUCAUUUUAUUUUCUGUAGCUGAACAACACCUUUGGAUAUUUUAGUUUUUUUUUGUUGUUUUUUUUUUUAAUCAAAAGGCUGGAAUUGUUAUCUUCUCCCAUCCAAGCUGGAAAUGUUUGCAUUAUUUUUACUGAAUGUGAACACUUUAAGAAUCUGUUAUAUGUGUGUGUGUGUGUGAGUAGUGUGUGGAAAUAUUUUGUCAUUGACACAUGAAAAAAAAAAAUCAACUGUGACAACAUCCGGGUAAAGGAAUGUAGGUGUUUAACUACACUGAAUGUUGAGAGAAAAGAAUAGAAAAAAAACAUGCUGAUAUGUUACAAUUUUUUAUGUAGUUAUACCUUUUUUUUUCUUUUUAGUACCUCUUUUUUCCCCCUUUUGGAGGUUUUGUCCCAAUUAAUUUGUUUGUAUUAAGGCUGUGAUGAGGAUGCAUGUGUAUGUGUGGAUGAGGAAAAAAAAAACCAGCAUGUAUUUAUUGCACUUUGUGAUUUGGGUGUGCUUUUCCUGUUUAUUUCUCCCCGUUUCUUUUCUUUUUAUCAUCAAAAGUCCCGAAAAAGCUGUGAAUUUUAUUCUCAGACACUGUAACGUCGACCAGAGUUGUAAAUAUUUCACCAGCACACAAUGAAAAAGAAAAACACACAAUAUGUUUUGUAGUUUCACAACAAAUAAAAAAGGUUAUCUUUUA